GACAGCGAGGCUUCUCCCCCAGGCGCCGGAGACAGCGGGGCUUCUCCCCCAGGCGCCGGAGACAGCGGGGCUUCUCCCCCAGGCGCCGGAGACAGCGGGGCUUCUCCCCCAGGCGCCAGAGACAGCGGGGCUUCCCCAGGCGCCGGAGACAGCGGGGCUUCUCCCCCAGGCGCCGGAGACAGCGGGGCUUCUCCCCCAGGCGCCAGAGACAGCGGGGCUUCUCCCCCAGGCGCCGGAGACAGCGGGGCUUCUCCCCCAGGCGCCGGAGACAGCGGGGCUUCUCCCCCAGGCGCCGGAGACAGCGGGGCUUCUCCCCCAGGCGCCAGAGACAGCGGGGCUUCUCCCCCAGGCGCCGGAGACAGCGGGGCUUCUCCCCCAGGCGCCGGAGACAGCGGGGCUUCUCCCCCAGGCGCCGGAGACAGCGGGGCUUCUCCCCAAGGCGCCGGAGACAGCGGGGCUUCUCCCCCAGGCGCCGGAGACAGCGGGGCUUCUCCCCAAGGCGCCGGAGACAGCGGGGCUUCUCCCCCAGGCGCCGGAGACAGCGGGGCUUCUCCCCCAGGCUGGGUCAGUAGUGCGUGUUUUUACCGCUGA